GCAUGCGCAGUUGCAGUAAACAAAGAUCCGCCUUCCGUCCUGCUAGUAAUGGAUGCGCCUUGUAUGUUUGUAUAUUAUGCUUGUUUGGGGUCAUUUAUGUCUUAGAGAGUACACCUGAAGUGUUACCGUAAUGCCAGGAGAAGUUAAAUUAACCCGCAAGCUCGUACUUGCGAGAGCUAAAGCGUCGGACCUUGAAAGUGUCAAGAAGUUAAACUGCUGGGGGUGUAACCUGACUGACAUCUCCAUUUUCUCUGAGAUGCCCAAUAUUGAGGUGCUGACCCUGAGUGCCAACAAAAUCUCCUCACUGGAGCACAUAUCUAGCUGUCAGAACCUGACAGAGCUCUAUUUGCGACGGAAUGACAUCCAGAACCUCUCUGAGCUGUGCCACCUGAAGCACUUAGCACGGCUGAGGGUUCUGUGGCUGGCUGAGAACCCGUGCUGUGAUGCGGACCCAACCAAGUACCGCCUCACUAUAUUACGGAACUUGACGGGCUUACACAAACUAGACAACGAAGUGGUGACAGAGGAGGAGCUGGCCCAGGCUCUUGAGGAUGGGGAGGAGAUAGGCACACCUCCAGGCCCGCCCUCUGCAGAAUCCACCAAUGGAAUGACGGAAGCAGACUCCGAGAAUGACCCCCUGAAUUUCAGCAUGAUGGAGACAAAUACAAUCAGGGCGCAGCUAGGCAUGAAGCCAUUACCCCGAGAUAAAUUCUCAUCCUCUUCCCCAAGGGAAUCUGGAGCAACCCCAAGAAAAAGGAGCCAUGCACUUGAAGCGGUGCUUCUGCUAUUGAAAGACCUCAACUCUGAAGAGCUUAAGAUCGUUCAGGGUGCCACUGAGCACAAAUUACGAUCCCGCAGUCGACACAAAGAGAAAAGCCUCCUCGUCCAGACAUAACAAGCCACCAUGUCAGUCCAGUCAUAAUCAAUAGGGUCCCCCCCCCGUACAGAUUCUGUGAUGCCAUCUAUGGGAAUUUGAGCAGAUAUCCCAGACAAUGCACGACUGAAGGCAGACAAAAUGCACUACAUUUACUGGAGUACUGUAAUAACCAGUCUUAGCUUACAUUAAUGUGUGGCAUUUGAAUACAUUAUUUAAAAUUUCAUAGAUCAUAUCAGAUACAUAUGGCACGUUAUUACGCUUACAGUAGUACUUACUCACCAUAAGAGCAUUUUCAAAAGCAUGCCUAUAUUGUGGAGUGCAGUUAUUGUAUUUGUAGUGAAUGACCAAGCUGCCUACCACUGUAAGUGAACACAUCGCCAUUUCUGUUUAAGUAUAUUGAUCCCUUUUCAGCAUGUCAGCACAGAGGGAAGUGAUUAGUAGUUGUGGAUCAGUGCAGUGUUCACAAGCACCAGUAGUUCAUUGCAAACAUUCCCCGCCUUUACACCUUUCAUGUGCUUUAGAUUUUCUGAUCCUGGUUUUUGAAAUGCUCAAAAUGGACGUACCGAGAUUUAAUAGAAAAUUAAACCAUCAAUUAUUAAAAGAGCAGGAUGGAUGGGCAGGAUUUACUUGCAUGGAUUAAAUUUGCCUUCAGAAUGAAAUUUCAUUGCUUCAAAUGAGUUUUGGGACUGUUUCGUUUUUCAGCAAGUUCUCAGUCUUUUCUGGCUUCUUUAAGUUCAUUUUCUCAGAAAUGCAACAUAUUUUUCUAUGUCUUGUAAAUAAACAGGAUUUGAGAUGCAAAA